AUGUCUUCAGAACAGGAAAAAGCCGAGCUUGACGCCAGGGCAAGAGAGGGUCAGACCGUCAUCCCCGGCGGCACCGGAGGAAAAAGCCUCGACGCUCAGGAACGCCUUGCUGAAGGGAGGAGCAAAGGGGGGCAGACGAGGAGGGAGCAGCUGGGGAGCGAGGGAUACCAGGAGAUGGGUCGCAAGGGGGGACUGAGUACUACCGACAAGCCCGGGGGAGAGCGGGCGGAGGAGGAAGGAAUUGAAAUCGACGAAUCCAAGUUCAAGACUAAAAGCUGAACUUUGUUGUCUCUGCUGCAAUGCUUUGUUCUCUUCAGUACACGUCUGCUAGUUGUAUUAUAGUUUUGGGGGUCUUUUUAUGUUAAUGGUGUAUCCGAGGGUUCUACUGCUGUUUUGUAGGUUAAAGACUCCUAUUGUAGGGUUCUUCAAGGCUUGGGGGUCUUCUGUAUGGUGCGCUUUAGUAGUUGGUGAGGUCCUUUAAUUUAGUUUUGUAGUUGGUUACUAAGAGUUCAAUGUAAGGUAGUUGCGGUUGUAUGGUUAGGCACUCUCUUUUUUAUUCAAGUUAACUGUGUAAUUUGCAUGCAUGUGGUUAUUUU